AAGUGAAUGAGCCACACGUGAAAAGAUGCUUCAUAUCACUGGUCGCUAAGGAAAUGCAAAUCAAGACCACCUCACGCCCGUUAGGAUGGCAACCACCAAAGAAGAAACUCAGAAGUGUUGGUGAGCAUGGGAGAUACCCCGGGCACCGUGGGUGCGAAUGUAGAAUGCUUCAGCCACCGUGGGAGACAGCAUGGCGGUUCCUAAAAUAAUUUAACAUAGAGUCACCAUACGAUCGAGCAAUCCCGCUUCUGGAUCUAUGCCCGAAAAAAUUGAAAGCGGGGUCUCGAAGGGAUAUUUGCACACCCAGGUUCAAAGCGGUGUUGUUCACAAUAUCUGAGAGGCGAGAGCCGCCCACGUGUCCAUCAGCGCGUGAAUGAAUAAGCAAAAUGUGGACUAUUCUGUGUACGUCCAUGUGGUUGGUGGUGAGUUGUCCCCAAACCUCACUGAUGACCCCUCACCCCUCCACACACACUCUUGACAGAAGAGCUUGGACUACCACGCCCUUGAGCCCCCUGGGGGUUCCUUCCGGAUGACUCGGGGGGGUCCUUGCAGAACUGAUGGGAACUGUGCUUUCUGGGAUUUGUGGAUGAGCUUGGGGUGGAUGAAGGAGCAGGGGACUGUCUGAUGCCUUCUCCUAACAGGCCUAUCUUCCCCUUUGCAGGCUCCAUCCCAGUCAAGCCUAAGGGUGGAGGCUCAGACUCCAGCUCUAUCACCCCGAGAAGGGAGGUCUCUGAGGGUCCAGGCCCUCAGAUACACUUCUAUGGGACCCUGUUGUCUAAGGAGAGCAUCCCAGGUGGUGCUCACGGCACCUCAGAGACCCUGGCUUGUUGUGGAUGCACCUGAACCCCAACUUUGUAUGAAUUCUUUGUGUGAACAGGACAGAGUGAGCAGCUCCAGGGAGACCCUCUGCACGUCUACAGGUGACAAAUGACCCUCCCUAGGGAUGACGCUACCAAAGAGUAAAAGUAAGGUCGUUGCGUUUGUUGCCUGGGGCUGGCAUAAGAAAGUGCCACCAACGGAGAGCUUAAAGCAACAGUUCUGGAAGCUGGAAUUCUGAAGUUGAGGUGUUGGUCACACUCUGUCUGGAGCCUCAAGAAUCUUUUCUUGACUCUUCUAGCUGGUGACCUUCGGCCUUCCUUGGUCUGAAGACACAUCACGCCGAUCUCCGCCUCCAGCCUCCCAGGGUAUAUUCUUGCUGUCUGUGUCCAAAUUUCUCUCUCCUUCUAAGGACACCAGUCAUUGCAUUUAGGGCUCGUCGUAAUCCGUGCAAACUCAUCUUACCUUGGUUACACCUGCGAAAACCCUACUUCCAAAUAAGGUCCCAUUCACAGGCACCAGGGGUUAGGAUGUGGACAUAUCUUUUUGAGGGACACAACACAAUUCGACCCACAACAGUCACCGAGUUGAGGAUUAGCAAAGACCACUUCCAGCUUUGAGGCGACAGUAGGAGGUAAUUAGUAAAGACAGUGCUCUAGCAGAGUACUGUGGGAGCCGACACUCCCAUGACCUUGUUGAGACACGUAGGCAGCGUGUCCACAGGUGAGAUGUGGUCAUCUGGCUGUAACGAGGAGAACAGGAAAUGAGGUCUGUGGGGCCUCCUGACUCACAGAUCAGGGGCGGAGGGCCCCAGACUGACAUCCCAUCCUAGGCUUCUAGCUUCUGGGCCCUCGUUCUAGAGAACGUCCUCAGCACCCAGGUCUGUCCCGGUGUGGUGCAGGUACUCAGGGAUUUGGAAGUGCUGACCGUGUCCCGUCUCUUAGUGCCCAAUCCGGUGACAGACCAGGGGACACAGGACCACACCAUGAGCUCUGUCAUCCUGAUGUGGACAGCUCCUCUGGGCCCUGACCAUCCACCCUACACCUACGGGGUCCAGUGCUGUGAGCCAGAUUUCGCCAGUGAGAUCCUGAACAUCUCAGGGACAUGGGUCAUGGUGGGGGGACUGGAAAGGAGGGCCUGGUACACCUUCACCAUCCAGGAGAGAAGGAGUGGAGUCUGUAGUGAUACCCAGGUCUUUGACCUGCCCACAGGUGAGACACACAACUGUUCGGGAUUUGGCACUUCUGGGCUGGUAGGAAGGGGCUGCUCUGGGCCUCUUUUCGAGGAUCUGGACAGUUCAUUUGAGCUCAAGGGAUGGAGCCCUGUUGCUAGGGGGUGUCUCUCCUUAGCAACAGGGCUGGGCAAUCACCACACAUUCCCAAUCUACCUCUGAGAGAGCUUUAGAAGACAAGACAUACCCUAAAGUAUCCACGUCCAAGUUUCUGGUCUCCAGACUCAGCCAGCUCCGGACUUUGGCCUCACCCCAAAGACUCCAUUCACCCUCCACCUACUGGGUCCCCUGGGCUAGGAGGAUGUGACAGGUGGGAGACCCAACAUCAUGGACACUCCACUGGAGGAAGGGGGCCUGGGAGGCUGAGACACAUACCCCUUCACCGAGUAAGGAUACCUACAGGUGCUCUGGGGCAGAGAGCAGGCGAGGGAGAUGUUUCCAGGAACCGCACCCCCACUUGCCUGCUCCCAACACGGUCACGAAUUUGCACAAGGGAACUGCGGUGAAAGGUCCCCACAGUCCCCCACUCUCCGCUCUACAUGUACUGGGUCCAGUGAAACCCUGGAGGACAUCUCCAGGGACAGCAAGAUCCCCAGGGACAUCACGUCAGCCACACAGGCAGGACCAGUCGGACAGUUGGUAUGAGGUGCAGACCCUGGAACCCGGGACUCAGUACACCUUCAGCGUGUGGGCAGACAGGAACAAGGUGACCGGUUAUGCGCAGAGCCUCCUUGCAUCUACAGAUGGAGCUGGAGCUGUCUCUUUCCCAGGCCUGACUCCGGCCUGACCAUUCAGGACCUGCUCUGUGCAUUCAUGGCAGUGGCGGCGGCGGGGAAGCGGCCCCUGACCCAGGCGAUUUGGGUGGGGCAGUGUGAGGGGACGCGGGAGGGGAGACCCCAUGGCAGGCCGGAGAGGCGGGGCCAGAGCGCAGGAGUGCGCAGAGGUGAGGACCAGGGCUGAGGGGUGGGCGGGGCCGGGAGCCUCCACUUCCUCCUCCUCCCUUCCCACCCUGGCCCGUGGCUUCACCACCAUGAGACUCAGAAAGGGGAAAUUCUCGCGUUUAAAGUCCAGCAGGUGGAAGGUCAGGGCUGGGACACCUGGGUCCCUCGGCAGUGUCUGGAGACAUGAUGGGGACCGGAGGGAGCCUCGGGGCCUGGGAGAGCCUGGUGCUGCUGGGCCUGUGCAGCUGGACAGGGGCCAGGGCGGCUGCCCCCAGCCCCGGCAGGAACCUGACUGCGGAGGCCCGGACCCCCAGCUCCAUCACCCUGCAGUGGCAGACGCCCCGUGGCCUGGACCGGAGGCACCACACCCCCUGGGGCCUGUGGACCGGACGGGAUGGCGGAACUGAGGCCCCACGCACGACCGACACCAGUUUCACGGUGGACGGACUUGGGCCCAGGUCUCAGCAUGAGUCUUCCGUGUGGGUGCAGCAGGAUGAGACCAACAGCUCCAAGCAGACUCUGCAAAACAGCACAGACCCCUAUUCCGUCAGGAACUUGAAGGUAGAGGCUCAGACCACCAGCUCCGUCACCCUGAUCUGGGAGGAGCCAGAUAACCCUGACUUUCAGAACUACGUCUACUGCAUCCAGUGGACUGGGAGUGAGACGCAGAACACAACCAACACCAGCUUCGUGGUGGACGGACUGCAACCCGGGUCCUUGUAUGAAAUUGCCGUGUGGGCAGAGAAAAAUGGAGUCGCCAGCUCCGCGACAAUUUGCAACGCCACCACAGUCCCCAACGCAGUGACGAGCCUCAGUGUGCAGAAGCAGACCAACAGCUCCAUCACCUUGAGCUGGACAGCUCCCCCGGACCCAUAUCAUCCUCUCUACACCUACGGGGUCUCAUGGGUCAAGGAGAGCACCAGCGCCAUGAGCAUCCGGAACACCACAGAUACGGGGAUCAUACUAACAGAACUGGAAGCUGGGAGCUUGUACAUCAUCACCGUCUGGGCAGAGAGGAAUGAGGUCAGCAGUGACAACCGGACACUCACUGGAGCCACUGCUCCCAACACAGUCAUGGAUCUACACAAGGAAAACCAGACGAGCAACUCAAUCAUCCUGCGGUGGAAGGUCCCCACAGACCCUCACUCUCAGCUCUACACGUACUGGGUCCAGUGGACCCCUGGGGGACAUCCCCAGGGACAGCAAGACCCCCAGGGACAUCAGACCAACCACACAGGCAGGACCAAUGACAGUUGGUAUGAGGUGCAGACCCUGGAACCCGGGACUCUGUACACCUUCAGUGUGUGGGCAGACAGGAACAAGGUGACCAGUUAUGCGCAGAGCCUCCUUGCAUCCACAGCCCCGAGCCCAGUCACCAUCACCUCCUGCGUCAGCACCUCUGGGGGCCACGGGGUCAUCUUGACCUGGUCCUGCCCCGUGGGAGGCUACGAGGCCUUUGAGUUGCAGGUGGGUGGACAGCGGGGCUUCCAGAAUGGAUCGUCCUGUGGGAGGGGCGUGUCUGUGUGGGAUCUCCGGCCAGCUCAGUCUUACCCAGCCACCGUCACCACCAUCUGGGAUGGAAUGAGGGCCCCGUCUGCCCCUGUGACCUGCCACACGGAGAAUGCAGGGGUCAUCGCCGGAGCCAUCGUCGGUGUGGUCCUGUUUCUCAUCCUGGUGGGCCUGCUGAUUUUCUUCCUGAAGAAGAGGCACAAGAAGAGCCAGAGGAAACCGGCACCCAAGGUUCUGGGCUCCAGCCUCCUGGAGAACAUCCCGGCACAAGAAUUUGCUGCCCACGUGAGGAAGAACGAGAAGGAUGACAACAGUGGCUUCGCAGUGGAGUACCAGCAAUUGGCUCUGGAGGGCACCAAGCAGUCUCAAAUGGUGGCCUCAGCCCUCGAAAACAGUGCCAAGAACCGUUACCGAAAUGUGCUGCCCUACGACUGGUCCCGGGUGUCCCUGAAGCCCCACCAGGAGGAACCAGGCUCCGACUACAUCAACGCCAGCUUCAUACCUGGUCUCUGGGGCCCCCGCGAGUUCAUUGCAGCCCAGGGCCCCCUGCCCCAGACGGUGGCUGACUUCUGGCGUCUGGUGUGGGAGCAGCAGAGCCGCGUCCUGGUCAUGCUGACCAACUGUGUGGAGUCCGGCCGGGUGAAGUGUGAGUACUACUGGCCUCUAGACGCCCAGCCAUGCACAUAUGGGCACCUACAAGUGGCCCUGGAGGGUGAGAAGGUGCUGGAGAACUGGACAGUACGAGACCUGAGGGUCAGGCACAUCCAAGAGCAGAAGACACUACGUGUACGUCAGUUCCACUACAUGACCUGGCCAGACCACGGCGUCCCCCACUCCCCAGACCCCUUGCUGGCCUUCCGGAAGAUGGUCCGGCAGUGGCUGGACCAGACCGUGGAGGGAGGCCCCCCCAUUGUGCACUGCAGUGCUGGCGUGGGCCGCACAGGCACCUUCAUUGCCCUGGACGUCCUGCUGCGGCAGCUGGAGCGUGAGCGUUUUGUGGGAGCCUUCAGCUACGUGCGGAAGAUGAGGGAGAGCAGGCCUCUCAUGCUACAGACUGAGGCCCAGUACGUGUUCCUGCACCAGUGCAUCCUGCGGGGUCUCCAGCAGUCACCCCUAGCCCCAGCAGAGAAAGGGGCUUCGUACGUGAACCCGCUGUAUGAGAAUGUCUAAGCCACAAGAGAGUUGAGACCCCGGUGGAGACUCAGACUCUGGAUCUCCACUUGAGCCCAGAUUCCUGGAGCCCUGGGAGAGCAGAGGGCUGGGGUCCCAGACACCUGAGUCUUGCAGGAGGAGGGGAGGCCUUGGUGUCUAAACUGUUUCCCUGGAGGACAGAGGGCAGGUGGGCGCGGGUAUCCUGGAUUCCUAGUCCCUUGGAGGAGGAGGGACAGGAGCUAGGCUUUCCUAGUUCUUCGAGGGAGGAGGAGGCUGGAGGCCUAGGCUGCUGGAUUCUGGGGAAGGAAGAAAUUCGCGUCUGGAACUCUAGCUACCCCUGGUGCAGAGGCAGACAGGAUCCAUCCCAUUUUUUUUUCCAGAAGCCAAAUCUGUCUUCUGGGAUCUGAGAUUUCCCUGCACCCCACUGCGUGUACAUAUCUUUUUCUUCUAUCCCAUAAUUUAUUAAAUCACUAUUCUCCCCCAGA